UCGCUGGGUGUACGUCAUCACGGCGUGACGGUCAGAACCCGGAAGUGGCUGCUGUCACUGACAACUAGCACAACAAGUCUGCAUUGUGGGGUAUAUGUGAUCGCCGCUCUGUAUGAGAGUCCCCGGAGGUUGUAGUAUGAGGGUGCCGGGUGCGUUCACCUGAUGGGGAUACGGAGGUGAUACAUGAUAACUGGAGAAGAGGAGGAGGGAGGAUGUAUCUGAUGGAGUUCCGGCCAGCUCAUCGUCUCUGUUUAUGCUAAAGAUAAAGCAGCUGAAUCGUCGGAGGAACCUGAAGACUUCCCACUGAGCACCAUGGAUCUAAAAUAUAAUAUCGCAAGGAAGUACAUUUCCAUCAGCAUGCCCUCAAAACCGGAUACAAUGUCCCCUCACAUCAAGUCUAAUGACGACAUCCGGGUGCUUGGUAUUAAUCUUAGCCAGUUCCAAAAACCUGUGCAAUUUUUCAUUUGUGUUACUGGAGUUUUUAUUUUUUAUUUAAUAUAUGGAUAUUUACAGGAAUUGAUAUUCUCCGUUGAGGGUUUUAAACCAUUUGGUUGGUAUCUGACAUUAGUGCAAUUUGGAUUUUACUCCGUGUUUGGAUUAAUAGAAUUACAGUUAACUCAAGAUAAACGAAGAAGAAUACCUGCAAAAACUUACAUGAUAAUAGCAUUCCUCACUGUGGGUACAAUGGGCCUUUCAAAUACUUCUCUUGGGUAUUUGAACUAUCCUACUCAGGUUAUUUUCAAAUGCUGUAAGCUGAUCCCUGUCAUGAUUGGAGGAAUAUUUAUUCAAGGGAAGAGGUAUAAUGCUGCAGAUGUAAGUGCGGCUGUAUGCAUGAGCUUUGGCCUCAUAUGGUUCACACUGGCUGAUAGCACAGUUGCUCCAAACUUUAAUGUAACAGGUGUGAUGCUCAUCUCCCUGGCGCUUUGUGCAGAUGCUGUUAUAGGAAAUGUGCAAGAAAAAGCCAUGAAACUACAUAAUGGAUCAAAUUCAGAAAUGGUUCUGUAUUCAUAUUCCAUAGGAUUUGUUUACAUUUUAUUGGGUUUGGCCAUUACAAGUGGAUUAACUCCUGCCAUAGCCUUCUGUUCCAAGUAUCCAUUUCAGACGUAUGGAUAUGCCUUCCUUUUCUCGCUAACAGGAUAUUUUGGAAUAUCUUUUGUACUUGCAUUGAUUAAGAUCUUUGGAGCUCUGACUGCUGUGACAGUAACAACUGGGAGAAAGGCAAUGACGAUUGUGUUGUCCUUUCUAUUCUUUGCAAAGCCCUUUACCUUGCAGUAUAUAUGGUCUGGACUGUUAGUCGUACUUGGAAUUUUCUUAAAUGUCUACAGUAAGAAUAUGGACAAAUUUAAGCUGCACCAUCUUUACAGUUUUCUGAAGAAACCGGGUUCUGAAGGAAAAUCACGGACGUUUUCACAGACUGUAUAAUGAGUUUUUAGACUUUUUAUUUUAUCUUCAGUAAUCAUUAAAUGAUUAUGUAUUUCCAAAGGGAAUCGGUUAUUCUAAGGAGAAGGUGAUGGCAUAUUGCCUAAUAUGUUACUGCAAAGGUUUAAGUCAAGGGUGAUCUUAAUUUUCUUCUAUCACUCCACUUGCCAAAAGCAUUUUCCAGAGGGCCAGGUGUUGUGGGCUCCUACUAUGAAGUAAGGUUACGGAAGACUUAAGCAACCUCUCUGUUGGAGGUAUACACACUAGUGGACCAUGAUAAUUUACGGGACUGGUAUUAUGACUGUUUUUUUUUUUUUUCUAUCAUAACACAGUUUUCAGUGCUUGAUCAAGAAUUGUCAGUAUCAUUCAAAUGCAAAUCGUACGCACUGACGAAAGUCGUAGCUACGAAGGACGUUUUUUUUUCCCCUUACAUGAAGGAGGAUGGAGGCUAAGGACAUGGCCUUUCAGUUGCAGUGUUCAGAGUUGGGACUCUGUUUUACAUCAUGUUCCAACACUAGAUUUCAGAUACAGAAAUAAAAGCAUACGCCUUACUGAAACAUGAUUGUAACGUGCAAAACUAAUACAGAAUGUGCUUUUUCUUGUCUUUUCUUUCCAUCUUUAGAAUGUGUAUUUUCCUUUUUCAUGUGUCGCGUGUAUAAUAAUCUUGCCACUCCACGUUUCUCUAAACGUGCAUUUCCACAGCAGGUUUGUUUAUAAUGUAAUAUAUAUAAAAUGUGAACAUUCAUCCUGUUAAUCAUGAAAUGAUCAUACUGCUAUUUAUUAUUCGCCUAUUGAAUAAUUCUGGACACUAAGAAAUGGCUUGAGUGCCACUGUGUGGCUGCACAGUAAUGUUUACAGCCUGUAACUAAAAAUACUUGAUUAUGUGUCUGCUUUUCAAAUUGAUUACCGGGAGAUUGCUGAUAUUUAAAUAGCCCUUCCUUUAAAAAAA